AUGCGGAACAGUGCACACACCACAGGCACAGCAGCAGCAAGACUCCUUAACACUCUUCCACUCUCAGAUAUUCACAACGAGCCCCCAACACCCCCAAACCCAAACAACCAAGAGUUAAAACAGUUUCCACCUCUGGAAAGCACCCCACCACAAAGCCCAAGGGGCGUCAGUGCUCCAUCCCGUCACUGCGAUGGCGCAGCGGAGAGGCAACAAGAAACAAAAACAACGGGGGUGAAUUCACCACACGAGCCGUCCCCGCUGCAGCGGAGACUUCUUCACAGGCUUCUCCUUAAUCCUGCUGCGGGAGCAAAUGCAUGUCCCCUCCCCACAAUCACGCAUACUUGA